UCACCGGUGCAACAUAAAUGGGGUUGCUAAAGAUUGCAACUUUACCUUGUUAGCAUAAAUAUGGGUGCCAACAAGUACUGCCCACUGAACACAGCGUGUCAAGCUCACUCCGCGAGUAUGGAUAUUUGCACUUGCAAGUGCAGAGCAUUAUUGAGUGUAGGGUUUAUAGUUUCAUGGGUUUUGAGUGUGAGCUGCGACACUCUACCACCGUGUGUUUUUCCUGCGAUUUACAACUUCGGUGACUCGAAUUCAGAUACCGGAGGCAUAUCAGCCGCAUUUGAGCCCAUCCGAGCUCCUUAUGGCGAGGCAUUUUUUCAUAAAUCUGCUGGGAGGGACAGCGAUGGCCGACUCAUCAUAGACUUUAUAGCUGAGCGUUUUAAGUUGCCGUACUUGAGUGCCUACUUGAAUUCGCUUGGAACAAGCUACGGACACGGUGCGAAUUUCGCCACUGGAGGAUCCUCCAUUAGGAGGCAGAAUGAGACCAUAUUCGAGUAUGGGAUUAGCCCUUUCUCUCUUGAUAUGCAGAUUGUGCAAUUCGACCAAUUCAGAUCUCGUUCGGGGGAACUCUACAAAGAAGCUAAGGAUGCUUCGGAUAGGGCCAAGCUUCCGAGACCUGAAGAUUUCUCAAAGGCGCUAUACACAUUCGAUAUUGGGCAGAAUGAUCUCUCCGUUGGUUUCAGGAAGAUGAAUUCUGAUCAAUUUCAUGCAGCAAUGCCAGACAUUAUUAACCAAUUAGCCUCAGCAGUUCAACAUUUAUAUCAACAAGGUGGGAGGGCAUUCUGGAUACACAAUACAGGCCCAAUUGGGUGCUUGCCUGUAAAUUUAUUCUACGUCCAUAACCCAGCACCGGGCUAUCUUGAUGAGCAUGGUUGUGUGAAGGGUCAGAAUGACAUGGCUGUGGAGUUCAACAGGCAGCUUAAGGAGAGAGUGGCCAAAUUAAGGGCAGAGCUCCCUGAGGCUGCUGUAACUUAUGUUGAUGUCUAUGCUGCCAAGUAUGGACUCAUCAGCAAUGCAAAGAAUCAAGGAUUUGCAGAUCCGCUAAAGGUCUGUUGUGGGUAUCAUGAGAAUUACGAUCAUAUAUGGUGUGGAAACAAGGGAACCGUCAACAAAACUGAAGUCUACGGUGCUCCUUGCAAAGAUCCUUCAGUUUUUGUGAGCUGGGAUGGUGUACACUACACUCAGGGUGCAAAUCAAUGGGUUGCUGAUCAUACACAGAAUGGCUCACUGACAGACCCACCAAUUCCAAUCACCCAUGCAUGUCACAGGCAGUAAGUUUAGGACUAUUAGAUUAAGAGUUGCUGGUAUUUGUCUCAAAAUGUAUUACUAGACACAUUCACCAUGUUAUUAAUGAAAUAAGAUUUAGAAUUUGUCUUACCAUCAGACAAAUUCUAUUUCUCUAGUAUCCAGUUUGUCAGUA